AACGAAAGGGACUGUUUUUAUGUUAAUUGUGACGACAAUGUAGGUAUUAAAUCAAAUCAAGGUCAAAAACAUACGUAUUUUAAUCAGUUGGCUUGGCCCCCAACCCGCCUUCUGACGCGUGAUAAUACGCUGCAUUUCUUUUGCCAAUUAAAUCGAUAGCAGCCAUGGCUUCCACGAUGUUAAAGUUGCUGAAGUCCGAGUCACAUUUACUGAUACGAAGUUACAGUAGCGCAGCACCGACAACCAAACUUUAUAUUGAUGGGCAAUAUGUAGAGUCUAAGACAAGCAAUUGGAUUGAACUCACAAAUCCAGCUACAAACGAAGUUAUUGGCAGAGUACCAGAAGCGACACAAGAAGAGUUAAAUUCAGCACUUGAAGCAGCUAAAAAGGCAUACAAAUCAUGGAGCCAGAGCACUAUAAUGACCCGCCAACAGCUAAUGUUCAAAUUUGCCCGUUUAUUGAGAGAAAACCAAGCUAAGCUGGCAGCAAAAAUCACUGAGGAACAAGGAAAGACCAUAGCCGAUGCCGAGGGUGAUGUGUUGAGGGGAAUACAAUCCGUGGAGCAUUGCUGCAGUAUAACUUCGCUCCAAUUGGGCGAUUCCAUUCAAAACAUCGCUAAAGAUAUGGACACACAUAGCUACAAAGUCCCAUUGGGAGUGGUUGGGGGUGUGGCAGCAUUUAAUUUCCCCGUGAUGAUUCCCCUAUGGAUGUUCCCCCCGGCGUUGGUUACCGGCAACACGUGUAUAGUGAAGCCCUCAGAACAGGACCCCGGAGCAACCCUCAUGAUGAUGGAACUGCUACAGGAGGCCGGAGCGCCCCCUGGCGUCGUCAAUGUAAUCCAUGGCACCCAUAACGCAGUGAACUUCAUAUGCGAUGAGCCUGACAUCAAGGCAGUAUCUUUCGUGGGAGGAGAUGCCGCUGGCAAGCAUAUUUACUCCAGGGCUUCCGCUGCAGGCAAACGCGUCCAAAGCAACAUGGGCGCGAAAAACCACGGCGUCAUAAUGCCGGAUGCAAACAAGGAACACACUUUGAACCAACUCGCGGGCGCAGCUUUCGGUGCGGCCGGACAGCGCUGUAUGGCGCUGAGUACCGCUAUUUUCGUCGGUGAAGCCAAGGAAUGGAUACCAGAUUUAGUUAAACGUGCUCAAGACCUCAAAGUGAACGCCGGCCACGUUCCCGGAACUGACGUGGGGCCAGUCAUCUCACCGAAUGCGAAGAACAGGAUCCUCAGACUGGUGGAAUCAGGCGUAAAAGAAGGCGCGAAAUUAGCACUCGACGGACGAGGCGUCAAAGUGUCUGGCUUCGAAAAGGGCAAUUUCGUCGGCCCAACUAUCCUUACCGAUGUGACGCCUGCAAUGGAAUGCUACAGGGAGGAGAUAUUCGGACCCGUACUUGUUUGCUUAUUCGUAAACACUUUAGAUGAAGCCAUCAAGAUGAUCAACUCCAACCCAUACGGAAACGGAACAGCUGUUUUCACUACCAACGGAGCUACAGCCAGAAAAUUCGCCAAUGAAAUCGACGUGGGACAAGUCGGAGUGAAUGUUCCCAUCCCUGUUCCUCUAUCUAUGUUCUCUUUCUCUGGCACUAGAGGUAGCUUCUUGGGCACAAACCACUUCUGUGGCAAGCAAGGUUUGGACUUUUACACUGAAUUGAAGACGGUUGUGUCCUUCUGGAGGCAAAGCGAUGUGUCCCACGCCAAAGCUGCUGUUUCUAUGCCUACUCAACAGUAAUUUUAUCACUUUACUGUGAAUAUUAGAAUUAAUGCGGUCCUUAUUUAUUAUUACCGAUGUGAAAGAGAGAGAAGGCGUCAGUUUUAACCACCGUUUCGUGAUAAGGCUAUAAUUAUAAUUUGACCGAAGAAAGAGACUGUUUUAAAAAGUAAAAUUUGAUUGCUUAGCCAAAGUUGGUUUUAUGUUUUUUAUUUAUAAGUGUCACAGUUACAUUCUUUAGUAAUUCAUCAGAAGUUUAUUAUUUUUGUAGCACGUUUAUUUUAUGUAAAUAUCAAAG